AUGACCCCGACACACUUCACUUUCUCAACAGCUUUUAUUUUAGGCCUAGCAGGCCUUGCAUUUCAUCGAACUCACCUGCUAUCUGCCCUCCUCUGCCUUGAAGGCAUGAUGCUCUCACUCUUCCUUGCCCUCUCCCUUUGAACCCUUGAACUCAAUGCAACAAGCUUUUCAGCUUCUCCCAUACUUCUUCUUGCAUUUUCUGCUUGUGAAGCAAGUGCAGGCCUUGCCUUACUAGUUGCUACAGCCCGAACACAUGGAACCGACCACCUACAAAGCCUCAACCUCUUACAAUGCUAA